UAUCGCUUUCGUUCGAUUUUCGAAUUCCAUAACAAGCGCCCGAAAGAACGGGAGCUGUUAGAUAGAUAAGUUAGGAGUUUAGAAAUAGUUACUAUAUUAUACAAUAAUUUAGAAUAAUUAAAUAUUAGCUUAUAAUACUUAAAAAUAAGUAAAAAAUGGAGGAGCUGUGGCGGGAUAGCAACAUAUUCUACAACGUCCUGUGUUUCCUGAUCACGGAGAAUGAGAAGCUGUUCGACCGGAGUGAUGCGCGGCUGUACUGGCGGACGGUGUUCCACCUGCUGGGUCUGCUGCACCACGGCUACAUCGGCCUGUACGCCGUCUCCCUGGACCUGCUCUCCCACCCCCGCCCGGAGAUCAGGAACCUCUACACGUACAGAUCCGCCUACCUCACCGGCUGGAAUUUCUCGUUCCAAAUAAUGUUCCUGUCUCUGUCAGUGCUGUACGACAUGCUGGAGUGGCUGGAGCACAGCGGCGGGCGGCUCGCCCAGCGCGUCCGCUACUGGAGGGACAUCAUCUUCUGCGGCAUGGUCGUCCCCUUCACCAUGUUCGUGACGCACAUGUUCUGGACGGUGUACGCGAUAGACCGGGAACUGGUAUUCCCGAAGGUAUUCGACGAGGUGGUGCCCUGGUGGUUCAACCACUGCGUGCACACCAACACCGGCGUCAUGAUCCUCGUGGAGACGCUCCUCCAGCCCCGCCCCUACCCCACCUGCAGGCUCAUCGAGGAGCUGCUGUAUUGGGUCAUCGCGGUGGCGUACGCUGUUGUGUUCUACACGAUAUUCUUCUCGACGAAUUUGUGGCUGUACGCGGUGUUCGGCGUGAUGACGUGGUGGCAGGUCUGCCUCUACCAGCUCUACAUCUGGCUCUCCUCCUACCUGGUCUACCGCCUUCAGUUCCCCCUCAACCGCCUCAUCCACGGCACCCCCGGCACCCCCUGCGAGGAGAAGACUCUCAGCCAGCAGGAGAUCAACAAGGUCAUGUCCGAGGAGGACAAGGCCAAAGAUGGCGACGGAACCUGGAGCCUGAAGUUCCGCAGCAUAAAGCCAGGCUUCGAGGGAACCAGACUGUGAUACAGAUAGCGAAAUAAAUAAAAGUGAUAGUAAUUUUAAGUAGGUGCAGGCCGCUUGGAAAUAUUUUACAUCAGGCUUAGGGCCGCCGUUACGGAAGAAAAGUGAUAGUUUGAAAAAAAUCCGUUACUAUGUCUUUCAAAUCUGCUGCAAACGUGUUGAUAAUUAACGACACGUUAAGGAUAUAUCUUCAAGUUAAAGUAGCAGAACGGACUGUGGAAAAUAUACAGGGAACCAGGAACCACGGUGUCUAACACAGCUGAAGAAUAAUAAACAAAAACAGACUACAGGACAUACUAGAUUGUAGCCGCUAGAAUCUAGAUGAAUCAUAAAACAUAUCCAUACUUAUGUCGAUAUAAAUGUAAUAAUAUGUAGUUAUGCCAAAGUGUAACCAAUUAAUUAUCCAUUAUACAAGAAAAAUACGAUAAAGGUUUUUGUUUCUGUGAUAUUAUUGUCUUACUGAAUAAUUAUAUGCAAAUAUAGACAAAAUAUUAUAAUUUAAUCAAUAAAGAAAUGAAUAAGUCAGUUUUUUCUACCGUUUAUAAACUUAAUGCAUUAUGAGUUAAUUAAUAUACACAGGAAACCAACGUUAUUUUAAGCGAAUGUACAUUAAGAAUAUUCUAAUUUUAUACGUUGACAAUAUUUAUAAUUAAUUAAAUGUAAUAUUAAGUAUAAUAUAAUAUAAGAUAAAAACAUAUCGAUAUCGAGUUAUGGGAUGAUCAUCUAAUGAGGUCCGAUAUGAUCACUCACGUGAGGAUCAUCACAUCUAAGGCCAAACUAAUUUGGCCUUCGCUGUGCUCAUCCUCACGAAACUGAUCAUUUCAUUUUUAUCUUAAACUUAUAGGAAUUAAAAGGACAUUAUAAGAAUUUAGAGCGCUGAAAGCUUUUGUAACCACUUGCCAAUCGCCAUGAAGAAGUUAGCUGCUAUUAGUACGGCGCCGAAAUACCGUCCCUAUAGUAGCGCACAAUAUAACAUAUUCGAUGUCAAAAUUAUUUUAACUUCUUUGGUGACAAAAAUUCGCAAUUAAACAUGAGAUGUUAUGUAUAUGUACAGAAUAUAAGAUGUGCGUUUAGUACAGAGUGAUGGGCCUAAGAACGCUUUCGUACCGCUGAAUUAGAUCCAAAUCCGAGAUUCACCGAUGAUACAGAGAUUUUCGAAACUAGAAACCGGAUUUAGUGACUGAGGGCAAAAACAACGCCAAAAUCGGCGUCAAAAUCAUUCAAAACUCAUAUUAAAAAACUAAAUAAUUUCGCCAAAUUUGGCGUUGUGGUGCCGCAAUUUAUGUGUUUCGGUUAUGUGCUUCGGCCUUAAGCUCUUCUACGGCUCUUACAGACCGUAUUCUGAGGGGUUCGAAUCGGAUUCAGAUCGGUUGUAGUGCGAAAUCGCUCUUACAUUGAAAAGUGUAAACCCCCCGUGAUUCGAUAUCGCCGAUGCAGCGGUCAGAGGUGCAUCGAUGUCAUUGCGUGCGAUCCCGCCAUUGGCUCCCAAUGUAUUGUAAUUACAACCUUAUCUAUUGUAAUUAAAUAAUAUAUCAAUAAACCGUAUUAUCGAGGA